UUGAUUAAUGUCUCAAAUUAAUCAUCUUCAUUUCAUUUCACUCCAUAAUAUAAUUUUUCAUAAAAAUAUGAAUAUAAAUUAAAAUAAGACAUGACUUAAAGGUCUCAGUUACCAGGUCAUAAAAUCCCUUAAAAAAAUAUUAAACAUACGUCUUUAAAAUAGCGGCAAUUGCUUAAAUUAGCGGCAGCUUAAAAAGUUAAGCAAUUAUAAUUAAAAGAUCUUUAAUCGUUUUCAGCUACAUCAAUGUUAAAAAUAUAAUUUUUUUAUUUAAUUUGCAAACUGUCCAAUAUCGGUAUGGUUGAUAAUUUAGGCGAUAAGUCAACCACAAACCUUGAUCGUUUCGAAAGUAUUGUACAAAAUUUAACUAAAUGUAAACUAGUAAGUAAGAAUUCAUAUAACUAGGAAUUUUACAAAGACAGGGAGGAAAUCAGGAAAAUUCGAGAAAUAAAUAAAAAAUUGGAAGUAGAUUUGAAAGAAACUCGUGAAUUAGAAAAAUCACAUCGCUACCGCUUAUUGACAUCGCGUGAAAUGAUAGGAAAUUUACAAGAAACUGUAUCUCAAUUGGUGUAUUUAAAAAGAGAUGUAAAAAAAUUAAAAGACGAAAUACUUUUGAAAGAAAAAACUAUUAAUAGUUUUGAGAAGGAUAAAGAAAAUUUAUUAAUGAAGAAUGAAAUUAGUUUGGAAGAGCUACGUAACAAUUAUGAAAAGGAAAUGGAGGAAAUGCGUGCGCUGAACGAAAAUAAAAUACAUGAAAUCCAGCAUGAAUCGGACGCGAAAGUGGCACAGUACACUUGCGUCAUUGAAGAGCUUCGUUCUAAAAUUAAGGACUUGGAAGCUGAACAUAGAGAGAAGGUAAACGUAGUAGUGCUAGAAUACGAAGAGAAGAUACAACGUGGUGCUGCCCAGAUAGCGCAGUUGCAGGAGCAAUUAGCUCACCAAGCCGCUCGUACUGAUGCCAACAUUGACGCUUAUCGAAGGCGCCUCGAAGAUCUAGAGGAGAAACUCAAGCAGAGUCAAUUUAAAAAAUAUCUAGCGCAAAGUACUUAUCCAUCGCAAUAUGAAACUCAAGUCGAGCGUCCUUAUUCCGUUGAUAGAGAUCGUUACACGGACACUAAUUCGGUAGAAUUAGAUCCAGUGUUGGAAAAUGCAAGGUCUAAUAUGACAUUGAGCCAGAAUAAGGCUUCAAGAACGAAUACAUUACAAGUAAUGUAUUACGGACAGAAUAAUAACAAAGCAAAAGAGAAGAAAGGUUCUUUUAAUAUUACGAAGAAGAGAAAGCUGUACAGUGAAAAGGAUUUUCAAGAUAUGUAGUUUGGUAUUUUGUAACAUUAUUCUGUGAAAUAAACGUUUUUCUUUC